UGUUAUGCUUGCACUACUGUCAUUAAUUAAUUAAAUGUGAGCUCAGUGAUAGAAAAUCCGUAAGAUUAUCCAAUAAUUCUCAACCAAACCGUUAAUGAGAAUUACGUCGUGUAUUACUGACACCCAUAUGCUAAUGUGUUUUCCCGCCCUGUGUCCACCUGUUAGAGCUGGCUCUAUGACAGACGGCUGACAGCCACAGCUCUGCACAUUAGACAGACUAAGAGCUGCUCGGUAUUUAGAGGCUCAUCACUAUCCCGAACAGUCCCAGAACAUCUGUAGAGGAUGUUUGGAUCACCUGGAUAUUACAAGAGAUCAGCAGGGCAUACUCUUCAGGGCUGGAGGAUACCGACCAAAAUCAUGGCAGUUUUCAGUUAAUUGAAACUUUAAUCCAAUAAAGCCCCUUUCUGCUCCACUCCAAGAGGACAUAGAGGAAGAUAAAGAGAGAAAAAAAAAACACAGAAGACCUCUUUCUCUGGGGAAUACAAUAACACCGGAAGUGAACUUGUUGGCGACGUAGUGAAGCAGACACCAGCAUGCAGGGCUGUGGAGCGGGUACCAGGCUGCGCUACAGGCUGACUCUGGUCACAGGGAUGGUGGAGUGCCUGUGCUUUGCUGGACUGAUCUUUGGAUUUGCCUCUCUGAUGUUUGUGUUGAAGGCGGAUGGCUACUUCAGUGAUUUGUGUGUAAACAGCCCAGGCACCAACAUUACAGACUGCAGUAGACAAGAUGAGCAGUUCUCUCUGAUCUUCACCAUCGCCUCAUUCCUCAACAAUUUCAUAAACCUAAUCACUGGUUAUCUAUUUGAUCGAUUUGGCACCAUGGUCACCAGAUUGCUGGGAAUAUCUGUGUACACGACUGGAACCCUACUUGUGGCCUUUUCUAGUGCUGAAAUUUCUAACCUGCUGUUUCCAGCGCUGUCCUGCAUUGCUGUUGGAGGAGUUCUGUUCCUUCUAACCAACAUGCAGGUAGGGAACCUGUUCCCGGCUCAUCGCUCCACCAUUAUCACUCUCUACAACGGUGCCUUUGACUCCUCUUCUGCUGUGUUUCUCCUCUUUAAGGUUUUGUAUGAGCAGGAUGUUUCCCUCCGUACAUCCUUCCUUGUUUUGUCCUUCUGCAGCAUUAUACACCUGGUGAGAACCUUUGUGCUGAUGCCGAGGACCCACAUCCCCUAUACUCUGCCACAAUACUACACCUAUGGAUUGGAUUGUGGUAAGGCAAACACCUAUAAUGUAGAGCAGUUUGAAAACGUCAGGGAGGGUGCCAUGGCAGGUUCACAGGAGUCCAGUGGGAAGGACAAAAUGCCUUCAGCAGCACAAGACUCAGAAAAGAAAGUGGCGAGUUUCAGGAGCUGUGUGCUGACUCCGUUCUUCAUGUUCCACCUGAUGUGGUUGUCUGUAAUGCAGCUGAGGCAUUACCUCUUCAUCGGCACUCUCAACCCUAGGCUCAACCGACUGGCGAACAAUGACCCUGACCUGGUGAGUCAGUACACGAAUGCUUUCGCCAUAACACAGCUGUGUGGAGUGCUGUGUGCUCCCUGGAACGGCCUCAUCAUGGACAGACACAAGGGGAAGCCUCUGGCUCUUGGAGUCACAGAGCAGGAGGCAGACCUGCGCUCCUCUGUUCUGUCUCUUUUCCUCACCUGCCUGCAGUGCCUGCUCUUCUCUGUGUGUGCCUCCAUUCCUUUCCUCCCUCUGCAGUACCUCACCUUUGUUCUUCAGGUCCUCAAUCGCUCCUUCCUUUAUGGGGGAACUGCAGCAUUCAUAAGCAUUGCUUUUCCAGCACCUCACUUUGGAAAGCUGUACGGCACAGUGAUGUCCAUGUCUGCUAUUAUCUCUCUGCUGCAGUACCCGUGCUUUGCCUUGGUUAAAGGAGCUCUCGGUGGAGACCCCUUUUAUGUGGACACUGCUCUGAUUCUUCUCACUCUGCUGGUGUUCAUCCAUCCCAUCUAUGUCUUCAUACACUGCAGGAGAGUAGCCCGCAACAGAGAAGACCAAAACCAGAACAAGAUUGACAAGGGCACAGCAAUGGCAGAAGCUAAGUUAUAGAAACAUGAAGUGUUUUAGAAUACACUGUAUGGACAAAAGUAUUUGGCCACCUGCCCAUUACAGCAACAGGGACUGUAAUGACAUGUAGUUGUUAUUGUAGAGUUGUCCCCUCUUUUGCCGGUAUAACAGCCUCCGCUAUUCUUGGAAGGCUUUCCACCAGAUUUUGGAGUGUUUUUGUGAGAAUUGGUACACAUUCAUUGUGUAAGAGCAUUUGGGGUUUAGGUCAGGGUCAGUCAUAUUCUUCCACACUGACCUCAUCAAUCCAUGUCUUGUCCUUGCUUUAUGCACUGGGGCACAGUCAUGUUGGAAUAGAAAAGGCCUUCCCCAAACUGUUUCCACAAAGUUGGAAGCAUAGCAUUUUCCAAAAUGUCCUGGUAUGCUGAAACAUUAAGAUUGCUCUUCACUGGAGAAAAGGGGCUUAGCCCAAACCCUGAAAUACAGCCCCAUACCAGCAUCCAUCCUCCACCAAACUUCACAGUUGGCACAAUGCAGUCAGGCAGGUAAUGUUCUCCCAGCAUCUGCCAAACCCAGACUCACCCAUCUGACUGCCAAACAGAGAAGCGUGAUUAAUCACUCUGCAGAACAUCUUCCCACUUCUCCACAUUAAGUGUUGGUGUGCUCUACACCACUCCAUUGGACUCUGUGAUGUGUGGCUUGUAUACAGCUGCUCGGUCAUGAAGCGCCCAGCACAGUUUUUGUGCUUACAUUAAUGCCAGUGAAAAUUCAUAACUCUUCAGCAGAACAUUGGUGACUUUUGCGCACCAUUUGCAUGGCAGUCAUUCACUCUGUGAUUUUACAUCGUCUUCGGUUGAGUUGCUUUUGUUCUUAGACUCUUCGAAUUUCUAGUAAUAUCCCUUACAGACUGUGGGGAUGAAAUCCAACAAACUGCAAAGGUGGCAUCCAUCACAGUACCAUGCUUGAAGUCACUGAGCUCUUCAGAGCGACCCAUUUUGUAUCACAAAUGUUUGCAAAGCUGGAGACUGCAUGGCUAGGUGCUUGAUUUUAUCUGUGGCAACAGGUCAGAUUUAAACACCUGAAUUUAGUAAUGAACAAUUGUGGCCAAAUACUUUUGUCCACAUAGUGAAUACGUAGAGGCCUUACUGUUUGGGUUUGAAAUGCUUUUCCUGUAACACAAAUCUCUGGGGGGAAAAGAAGGUGACAACUGCAAAAAAAAUUCUUUGGUUCCAACACUCAAAGUGUUAGAAAAAAAAAUAACAUCAUAAUGUUGUUUACAUAGCUACAGACUUCAAAGUAUAUGACAGAAGAGUUCAGAAAUCUUUUUUUUUACUGAAGUAAGCUUUCAUGUGUCAUGACAUGUGCCUGCACCGGUCUUUCACAGUGUUGUUAGGUGACAUUAUGCCACAGUUGGCACAAGUUGAGCAGCUUAGCAUUGUUUGAUGGCUUAAUCAGUAUCUCAUAAAGUAGCAUGAUGUUACUUGAGCAGCCCAGUUAUUUCAUAGCUUAAUCAGUACUUCAUGAAGUAGAAUGAUGUGUACCUGUGUUAAUCUUAAAAGAAACUAAAACAGAAUGGCUUUUAAGCAUGCACCCAUGCUCUUCCUGAACUAAAACUUUAGUUCUUUUUAAAAAGGAGUAAGAACUUUUUACAUUUUAUGUUUUGAUUUCUAAAAAAUAAAACAUCUGUGUGUUAUUUUAUCUAGCUGUUAUUUUUCCAAUUAAAUGCAUAAAUUACAAAAUUGUAUUUUGAAGUUAGAAGAAAUGUUGUGGGCAGUAAAGUAAAGUUAAUUUUGAUGAAACACAAGCAGGAAAAGAAGCAACAUAAAAUGACGAUCUUGUCUCUUUAUGCUUCUGCUCAGUUAUAGACAACAAAAAAGGGAUUUAUACAAGUUUUGUGCACUUUUGUAUGCAUAUCUUAAUCCACUUUUUCUGAUAAAUGUUCUUUUUUAUAUAUUUUUGUGAGAACAAAUUCACAAGUUUCUAAAUAUUUUGUAUAAAAUGUUUCACAAAAAUAAUAAAAUUUUUGAAAAUAAUGAUGU